GCAGUAACAAGAGAUGAGAAUAAUUCAAGAUGAAGACAGUACUGCUAGCCUGUUUGAUCGCCUACGUUGCCGCGGAGACUAAAUACGACUCGUCUCAUGAUGAUGUAGAUCUGUCGGAGGUCUUGGGAAACGAGCGGUUGUUGGUGGGUUAUACUAAUUGUUUGGUGGACAAGGGCCCGUGCACUCCGGAAGUUAAGCAGCUAAAAGAUAAACUUCCCGAGGCCCUGGCAACCCGUUGCGCCAAGUGCACAGACAAGCAGAAGAGCGUCGGCAAGCAGCUGGUCAAGGAGCUCAAGGAGAAACACCCUGACCUAUGGAAACAGCUGGUCUCCAAAUACGAUCCCAACGGGAAAUACCACAAGUCUUUCGAAGACUUCCUGAAGAACUAAGUUUGUCUAUGGCUAGGCAGGAUUUAGACAAUCAAUUUUAUUGCUCAAUUUAGCUUUCCUACUCCCUUUCAACUUACAGUCUGGGACAAAAGAGUAGAAAUUAAAAAGUGACAACACUGUAGUGUCGUCCCUUUCAAAUCAAUCUAAGAAAAACGGGACCACACUACAGUGUUGCCAGUUUUUAAUUUCUACUCUUUUUUGCCAGACUAUAUGUGGCAGCUAAUAUUGCGCAAGAUAUUGAUCUGGCUGUGGAAGAUUCGGGUUUUACUUGUGUAUAAUUAUUUGGGAGUCGUUGUUUUUGAAGAUUUCUGUUCUAUAUUCUUCCUUCACUGAUACUUUAUUGUAUAAUAAAAAGUAUUAAGAAUAA